CGGUUCUGAUCCGGUUCGGUUCUGGUUCUGAUCCGGUUCGGUUCUGGUUCCAGUUUUCACCGAAGCGCCGCUGUUGCGUUUGGCGUCACCAUGACAACGGGCUCGGCUCCGCCCAUGACUCUCAGCAACAAUACUUAGAUUAUCGAACCAGAACCAGAACCAGAACCAGAACCGCCUGGUUUUACAUGUUUGGUUUCCGGGUUUCACUAAAACAGCCGCAGGAUUUUGCACAUUAAAAUCCAACCUGGAAAUAUUUUGUUUCAUAAAAAGGAAGCAGAGUUUAUGAAAGCAGCAGAAUAUCUGCAGGACCCCAACUGCUUUAUGAUCAGGCAGCGUCCAGGGCAGCUCGCAGCCGGAAGGACCCCGAAACAUCCGGCUCUUCGCGACUCAGAAACCCGGUCCAGUCAAACCCGCACCGAGACACGGAACCACACAGUUGGGUCAGGAUGGCAGAGGUGAAGGUGAAGAAGGAGACGAACCUUUCGGAACCGGCGGAGAUAGAGAACAGGAUCAAGGAGCUGUGUCAGCAGUUUCCCCAGGGAAUCACAGACCAGGUGAUCCAGAACGACCUGCCUCACCUGGAGCCCCAGCAGCGCGCCAUGGCGCUCAACAAGCUGCUGUCCCUGGGUCAGCUGGACCUGCUGAGGAACAGUUCGGGUCUGCUGUACCGGCUGAAGGACACGCAGAGCGCCAGUAAGAUGAAAGGUUCUGACAACCAGGAGAAGCUGGUCUACCAGAUCAUCGAGGACGCGGGAAACAAAGGAAUCUGGAGCAGAGACAUCCGCUUCAAGAGCAACCUUCCUCUGACGGAGAUCAACAAGAUCCUGAAGAACCUGGAGAGCAAGAAGCUCAUCAAGGCCGUCAAGUCUGUGGCGGCCUCCAAGAAGAAGGUGUACAUGCUGUACAACCUGCAGCCGGAUCGAACGGUGACGGGCGGCGCCUGGUACAGCGACCAGGACUUUGAGUCCGAGUUUGUGGAGGUUCUGAACCAGCAGUGCUUCAAGUUCCUGCAGAGCAAGGCGGAAGCGGCGAGGGACGGGCAGCAGAGCCCGAUGGUCCAGAGGAACAGCUCAUUCGCAACGUCACAUGAGGUGUGGAAGUACAUCUGUGAGCUGGGAAUCAGCAAGGUGGACCUUUCCAUGGACGACAUCGAGACUAUCCUAAACACACUGAUCUACGACGGGAAGGUGGAGAUGACGGUGAUCGCUGCCAAGGAAGGGACGGUGGGCAGCGUGGACGGCCAGAUGAAGCUGUACCGCGGCGUCAACGCCAUCCUGCAGCCCACCGGCCUCGUCAAGACGCCCUGCGGACUCUGCCCGGUGUUCCACGACUGCCAUGAAGGAGGAGAGAUCUCCCCAUCCAGCUGCAUCUACAUGAGCGAGUGGCUGGACUUCUGAUGGGGCGGGGCCGGAGGAGCCUGAUGGGCGGAGUCAGGGUACGGAGCGGGCGGGGCUGUGAAGACGGUUGGGUGGAGAGAUGAACGAUACAAACUGAAAACCCAAUUGCUAAGAAACAAAAUGAAACAGAAAAAAAAUGGAAACAAAAACAGGAAGUGACAGCUGUGAUCUCCUCCGGCCACUAGGGGGAGCCUGCAGUCGGCUUCAUCACCUACAUGCAGACGCUGCAGCUUUCAGCCUGACCCACGGAUCGAUGUCUGUUCCAUCAGGCCCGGUUCUGCUCCAUCAGGCCCUAAUGGACCCGGUGCUGACAGUCAGUGCGGAUCAUCUUACACCACUUCCUGUCUCCGUAUCGACCCGACAGGAAGCGGCUCGCCGCCCACAGCUCCGACUCCAGGGACAAAAACAAACGGAAAACUUCUCCGGUUCUGGAUCUGGGCCUGGUGGUUCUGUUGGAUCUGUGGGGAAUUCCACAGAAUUCCAGUUUCUGUGCUGCUGGUUUAGUUUGUGAAUAAAUGCAAUGAAGCCUGCAGAGUUCUGGUCGGGUUCUGGCAGCUGCUGGGCUUUGUUGGGUUUAGAUGACUCGGGUCUGUCAGUCUGGUUUGAUCGGACUUGAUGGUUCUGGUGGAAAAACAUUAAAAAUACAUUGAAACAG